GCUCAUGAUGAAGUAUCCAGAUGUCCAAGCCCGGGUUCAGAAGGAGAUUGAUGUGGUGGUGGGGCCAGACCGGUGGCCUUCCCUGGAUGACAGACAGAACUUGCCAUAUACAGAUGCAGUUAUCCAUGAGAUCCAGCGUAGCAUGGACCUCACACCUACUGCGGUUCCACACAAAAUGCUCCAUGACACUGAGUUUAACAACUAUCUCAUCCCCAAGGGAACAAUUAUUCUUCCAUUGCUAUCCUCUGUACUCUCUGACCCUAAGCUAUGGAAGAACCCAGACCAUUUUGACCCAAACAACUUCCUUGAUGAAGAGGGACAAUUCAAGAAGAAUGAUGCAUUUGUUGUGUUUGGAAUGGGCAAGCGGGCCUGUCUGGGUGAAGCUCUAGCCCGGGUGGAGCUCUUCAUCUUCUUCACCUCUCUCCUCCAGCACUUCACCUUCAAGGCCACCCAGGCGCCUGAGGAGCUCGAGACCACUCCCCUCAUCUGCAGCUUUGGCCGUGUUCCCCUCUCCUAUGAAUGCUUUGCUGUGCGCAGGGCAUAGACAGCACUCAAUUACACCAGUAACAGUAGCUACAUGCUAGGUCUGCGGUUACAAUUUUGUUUCAAAUGAGAGCAGGUGUAUUCAUAUUAUGAAUUUGUAUCAGGUGUAUCAUGCCUGGGCUCAUUAACUCUCAGGUAUGUACAUGUUAUGUAUGGAUCUUGGCCUUAUUGAUCUGAUCUGAAAAUCUGCACACUGAAGUGGCCUGGUUCACCUUGUUACUGGAUUUCAAUUGUGUAUGCACAUUUUGUCCAAACACUAGAUUUAUAGCCCUGAUGUGUUCCAUACUGCUAUAUACACAUAUAAAACAGGAAAGCAUGUUAUUGUUUUGUGUCUCAGAACUGUAGUCAGUUGCUACAGUGUGCUAAAGCUCAAUUAUCAUUGUAAGCCCUCAUUAAGCCCUAAUAUCUGUUACAAAAGCCUUUUAUGAUCAUGUGCUUAGUAAAAAACAAGAAUCAUUUCUCUUGCACCCAACACAAUUUCCCUCACCCGAAAACCUAUGAGCUGAGAUCCAACAAUUGGAAUAAUAGUUCAAAUUAUUUGAAUAUUAAAAAUUCAAAUAUAACACUGGCCUGGCAUCUUAAUUAUGCAUUUCUAAAACAGACUAAGUCUAAUUUGAUCAUAUCCUCAACAAGUUCACACUGAUGAUUAUAAAUUUAUACUUGUGCAAAUGACAUUGUUUCAUAUUCAGCUACUUUGUUCUAACAGAUGCAUUAACUGUUUCCAAUGUAUUUGCACAAAAUUCAGCUGAGCAAAACGUUCAUUACUUAACUCCGAUAAAGGAAGAAUAUAAAAUGACAAUGUGAUUGCAAUAAGUGCUACUACUAUCAUUAAAACUUGUUAUAUAAACUUAAA